AGGGUUGUUUCCUCUGUUCUUCAGACUGAAACCUUUCACACUGGCUCCACCCCUCCAGUGUCUGUGCUCAGCAGGUUUUGUAGAAUUGCAGCAGGAGUGGUGGUGCAUCCAGCUCCCUUGAGGACAGUGUGAGAACUCAUCAGUCCUGCAGGAGAAGUCAAGGUACCUGGAUUCCAGAGCCUCCAGAGAAGACCAUGGCUGAGCCUCAUGACAACUCCCUGAGGAUUGUUCUGGUUGGGAAAACGGGAAGUGGAAAGAGUGCCACAGCAAACACCAUCCUGGGGCAAAAGACAUUUGCUUCCAGAAUCGCACCCCAUGCUGUCACCAAGACCUGCCAGAAAGCAUCCCGCAAGUGGAAGGAGAGAGACCUCCUGGUUGUUGACACCCCAGGGCUCUUUGACACCAAGGUGAGCCUGGAAGCCACCUGCAUUGAAGUCAGCAGGUGUGUCCUCCAGUCCUGCCCUGGGCCUCACGCCAUCGUUCUAGUUCUGCAUCUGGGCCGCUACACAGAGGAAGAGCAAGAAACCGUCAUCAGGAUCAAGGCUAUCUUUGGGGAGGCAGCCAUGAAGUACAUGAUUGUCUUGUUCACCCGCCAGGACGAGCUGGAGGACACGACCUUAGACGCCUUCAUUGCAGAAUCAGACACAAACCUGAAGAGCCUCAUCAAGGAGUGCGGCGGCCGCUGCCUGGCCAUCAACAACAAAGCAGAGAAGGCUGAGAGGGGGCUGCAGGUGCAGGAGCUGGUGGAGCUGGUGGAAAGGAUGGUGCAGAGCAAUGGUGGGGUCUGCUUCUCUGAUCCCAUAUACAAGGAUGCAGAGCAGAGGCUGAAGAGGGAAGUAGAGAUCCUGAGGGAAAUUUACACUCGUCUACCAGAGAAGGAAUGCAGAAUCGUGGAGGAAGAGUAUGCCCUUGGGAAACUGACUACUCAAGAAAAAGAGGAAAAAUUACAAGCAAUUAAGGAAAAAUAUGACAAGAAGAUAAGAAACUUACGUGAAGAAGCAGAGGAGAACGUAUUCGACCAGAUUGUUAAAGUAGUUAAGAACAUUCUUCUGAAAGUAUGGCAUUUUUUUCAUAAGUAGUCGGUUUUUCUUUUUUCAUUUAUUCUGAGCACUUCUCCAUCUCACUCCCUACCAUUCCCCCUGCUGGUCCUUUCCUACAGCCACCAACAACCUGAAGAGGCAAUAC